AUGUAUUCAAAUCUUGUAACUUGUAUAAUAAAAAUUAAAUUAAAACUGAAACUUACAGGAAUAGUGACUUAUAAUGGCCUUGAGAGUUGUAUUCUCAACAGCCACUCUUUUGACAAUGCUAGUAGCACUAGCAGAGGAGAUGGACAUAUCCCCGAGUCCUUGGAUGAAGAUGACUCAAGCUGCUCGUCCAGCAAUACUGCUUUUGGAUCAUUCUCUUCUCUCUGGAUGAUAACGAAAAAGGAUGAUCAAGGCACAGACGAAUGGGGCUUCUCUGCAAGCCCACAACACUAUAUAAAUGGAAAACCGAGUCAGAAUUCAGAUGUUGAAACAAUGAAAGAGAAGUUUGCAAAGCUGUUACUUGGAGAGGAUAUUACGGGUGGUAGCAAAGGGGUUUCUGCUGCACUGGCAUUAUCCAAAGCCAUAAUGAAUCUUGGUGCAUCCGUUUUUGGUGAGCUUUGGAAGUUGGAACCUCUGCCGGAGGAAAGAAAGAGCAAGUGGCAAAGAGAAAUGAAUUGGUUGCUAUCCCCAACUAACUAUAUGGUCGAGCUAGUUCCUGCAAAGCAAAAUGGGGUCAAUGGCCGGACAAUGGAGAUAAUGACCUCAAAAGCUCGAUCAGACAUUCAUAUGAAUCUUCCUGCAUUGCAGAAGUUGGAUUGCAUGCUUCUUGAAACACUUGACUCAAUGGUUCAUACUGAGUUUUGGUACACAGAAGUGGGUAGCCGAGCAGAAGGAAGAAGCAGAAGUGCUGGCCAGAGCAAGAGAUGGUGGCUUCCUUCCCCCCGGGUACCUACAGUUGGGCUCUCUGAGAAAGAAAGAAAGCGGUUGCUCCAUCAUGCUAAAUUGCUUCAUCAAGUAUUCAAGGCUGCUAAAUCUAUAAAUGAAAAUGUCUUGCUCGAAAUGCCUGUUCCAACCGAAAUCAAGGAUGCACUACCAAAGUCUGGAAAGGAAUGCCUUGGGGUCGAACUCUACAAAAUAUUGACUGCAGAAUCAAUUUCAGUUGAGGAAAUGAUGAGUUGCCUUAUUCUGAAAUCUGAACAUGAAGCUCUUGAAGUCAUUAACAGAUUGGAAUCUGCAAUGCUUGCGUGGAAAGAGAAAAUCAUGGAGCAAGAAAGUGGCAAAUCUCCAGUUCGAAUAUCUUGGUCUUUCGUGAAAGAUCCAAAAUCCGAGCUGGAUAAGGCGGAGUCGUUGGUGAACCGAGCAGAAAUACUUCUGCAGCUGCUAAAGACCAAGUAUUCCAAUCUUCCUCAGAGCUUCCUUGAUGUUACGAAAGUUCAAUACGGAAAGGAUGUUGGGCAUUCGAUUCUGGAAGCCUACUCUCGAACUCUAGCUAACUUGUCAUUCAACAUUCUCUCUCGGAUAGGAGAUAUUCUACAAGAAGACAUUGUGAGCAAUCCCAAUUCACCCGUGGCAAUUUCACACCUCAUUGGAGCUAGAAUUCCCGGUAUUUCAGAGUCCAAUGCUGGAUCGUGUUAG